AGAGAAGCCCUCAUCGGUUUCCUCACGCUGUGUGCUGGUGGUAGCGGCGGCUAACAUUGCUAAGUACGGAGUGGAUCAUGGCUGCUUCAAAGCCAGUCGAGCCCCAGUCCGGGAGCGGGCUACCCCGCUGGCAGCUGGCACUGUUAGUCGGGACUCCCAUUGUGCUCGGCGUCGGAGCGGUUUACCUGUGGAACCGUAACAAGGCGAAGCAACAGAAAGGGACCGGGGAGCGGAAGACUCCAGAAGGCAGCGCCAGCCCCGUUCAGGGCCAAGACGGCGCGACUCGAACCAACCGAGAGGAGGAGAACAUGAGCCCUCUGGACCGAGCCCAAGCUUCAAAGAAUAAGGGCAACAAGUACUUUAAGGCUGGCAAGUUCGACAAGGCGAUCCAAUGCUACACAGAGGCCAUUGCUCUCUGCCCCAAAGAGCAGAAGUCGGAUUUGUCAACGUUUUACCAGAACAGAGCAGCGGCUUACGAACAGCAGCUGAAGUGGACAGAAGUGGUCCAGGAUUGCUCCCAGGCUGUGGAAUUGAACCCGCGCUACAUCAAGGCUCUGUUCAGGAGGGCCAAAGCUCUCGAGAAACUGGACAACAAGAAGGAGUGCCUAGAAGACGUCACAGCCGUGUGUAUUCUUGAGGCCUUCCAGAACCAGCAGAGCAUGUUGCUCGCCGACAAAGUGCUCAAACAGCUGGGAAAAGAGAAGGCCAAAGAAAAAUACAAGAAUCGUGAGCCAAUGAUGCCUUCCCCUCAGUUCAUCAAGUCCUAUUUUAGCUCGUUCACUGAUGACAUCAUCUCCCAGCCGCAGCAGAAGGGUGAGAAGAAAGAUGAAGAUAAGGAUAAGGAGGGGGAAGCGGCCGAAAUCACUGGGAGCUCUGGCUACUUGAAGGCGAAGCAGUACAUGGACGAGGAGAACUACGACAAAAUCAUCAGUGAAUGCACCAAGGAGAUCGAGUCAGGGGGCCGCUACACGGCAGAGGCCCUGCUGCUGAGGGCCACAUUCUACCUUCUGAUCGGAAACGCUACGGCCGCCCAGCCUGACUUGGACCAGGUCAUCAACAUGCAGGAGGCUAAUGUGAAGCUACGAGCGAACGCUUUGAUAAAGCGUGGAAGCAUGUACAUGCAGCAGCAGCAGCCUCUGCAGUCUACGCAAGAUUUCAACAUGGCCGCCGAUAUCGACUCCCGCAACCCAGACGUGUACCACCACAGGGGUCAGCUGAAGAUCCUGCUGGACCAGGUGGACGAAGCAGUGGGAGACUUUGACGAGUGCAUCCGCCUCAGGCCCGAUUCUGCUCUGGCUCAGGCACAAAAGUGCUUCGCCCUUUACAGACAGGCUUAUACUGGAAACAACCCAUCGCAGGUACAGACGGCCAUGGAUGGCUUUGAGGAUGUGAUCCGAAGGUUUCCAAAAUGUGCUGAGGGCUACGCUCUUUAUGCUCAGGCUUUAACUGACCAGCAGCAGUUUGGAAAAGCUGAUCAAAUGUACGACAAGUGUAUCGAACUGGAACCAGACAAUGCUACUACAUAUGUUCACAAAGGUUUGCUACAGCUCCAGUGGAAACAAGACCUCGACUUGGGUCUGGAGCUCAUUAGCAAGGCAAUUGAGAUCGACAACAAAUGCGACUUUGCCUAUGAAACUAUGGGAACCAUUGAAGUUCAAAGGGGCAACCUGGACAAGGCGAUAGAGAUGUUCAACAAAGCCAUCAACCUGGCCAAGUCAGAGAUGGAGAUGUCCCAUUUGUACUCGUUAUGCGACGCGGCGUACGCUCAGACUGAAGUGGCUCGGAAGUAUGGCCUCAAACCCCCCACGCUGUAACGUCUCCGCCAAUUCGUCGUCAAGUCUUUGCUGCAGAACCCAACUGUGUUACCGUUUCAAAUAAAACCUAAUUUGUGGGAAGAUAGAGAGAGAGAAAAAUACUGGAUAUUAUAAUGAAAAGAAGGAAACCUGAGUGCGAUUGUGCGUUUUUUUGGGUUUUUUUCACAUUUAAAAGGGUUUGUCGGGAUAGGAAAAGAGGAUUUCUAUUUCUGUCUCCGCUAGUCUCGGUGUCGGGAACGUGGUUUGACCAUCGCAGUCUGUUCCCGACACCUAACUCGGCCCAACGUAAUAGUGAAAUAUUUUCAUUAGUCGGCGUAGAGGGGGGAAAAAAACGCACACGAAUGUCAAUGUACAGCUGUUCUAAGUAAUACACAGAAAUGUGCCGUUUUGUUGAACCAAUUAAUGACUUUAUGGCUUUUGUGACAUUUACGUCUACAGAAAAUACUGUGAGUUCUAUGAGGUUCUAAAGGACUGUUCACUUGGCAAUUCAUCCUGAUCUGAAGGGUUUUUCUCAGCUGCUUCCAUUUUGUAACAUAGAUCUUCAGUUCUGAAUGCGAAAUAAUUAUAGUCAGUCGUGAAAUGUUUGAAUUUGCAAUGCUGGAAUCGAUCCCAUGGGUACUGGGCCUAAAAGAAGUCUAUUUUGUCAUUUUUUAAAUAGGUUUGCCUGUUUAUUAUUUUUUAAUAUAUAAACUUUGUGCAGCAUGCUCACUUUAUAAAUGUAAAUGCAAUGCUCAAGCUGUCUUGAACACUAUAAAAAAAAAUCUUAAAAUCUAUGUGGUUUGGGCAAAACCCCUCUGAUCAGACAAACUUAGCCAUCUGUGUGUGUGUUAAAUGUUGUUUUUUUUUUAAUUGCCUCUAGUCUCUGGAGAUAUCAUCUGGAAUAUGUUUUUCUUUUUUCUAGCUCAUAACUGAACAGAGAUUAAUCUUUUUUAUUAUGGUUAUUUUUCCGUUCCUGAUUGAGUCCAACACUUUGUCCAAGUUCGUAAGACAUUGCUCUGCUACCUUUCCUCCCCUCUCAUUUUCUAAAAGUAUUUUCAUGCUGACCUUAUGGGUCCCAUUCAGGCUGCCCACAUGGAGCCCAGACGGCCUCUGGAUCUAAGAGACUGCCUCUCAUCAAAUGGCUUCCCAGCAUGACUUAUAUUUUAUUAAAGUAGUCAACUGUUGAAUCUGACAUGCACAAAGAGUUCUCAGUUUUUACCGAGCCAACUGCGACCCCCUCCACUUCUGAACGCCUCUCACAGCAGUAUGGCAGAGUUUUAGCACAUUGAUUAUAUUAAAGAAUCAGAACCACUGCUGCUGUGUGUGUGGUGACUCCUCAAUGUCAAAAACAGGAUUUAACUGUAAUUUUCUUUUUUUUUUUAUGUAAAGUUACGGCUGUUUGAUAGAAAAACUUCAUCAAUGUUCAUGGUGACCAAAGUGGAAUGAGUUCUAAUAAAGUCAUAAUUCUUGGAAUGAA